GAGCAUUACUGUACACCACCUGAAACCAUAGUGUUGCAGUAUGCUACUGACGACCAUGGUCAUCACUACCUGACUAACAUGCGUCGGAGGUCGUGAUCCUCCGACAACCCUAUGGACUUGUAGGAAUGGCAGAUGCUGUUGACCUAGCAGAACAGGCUUUACAAGCAAAGGAGCAGGGAAUAAAUGAAAUUCUUAGGCUUCUACAGCGUCCCGAGGACCUGUCUCGCCUCGCGGAUAUCACGGCCGAGUAUGAGUCGCGGCAUCGGAGCGCCAAGGCAACGCUUAGCGCUAUGGUUCAGUCGCAGGUGGAAUCCAUUCGUCAGGGCAUGGACCUGCUAGAACGGGCUCGUCGGCAUAUCACCAAAUUGCAAGCAGCACUCGACAAAAUCGACAAGCUCUGCUCCGAAUGCGCGGACCUGGUUCACCACCAUGACAAAAUUAAGCUACUGUCCACCACUCACGGCAACAUUAAAAAGGUUCUGUCGGAGAUCGAGGACAUCGUGGACCUGCCGUACCGCGCCGACCGCUGCUGGGAGCUGCUGCAGGCGGACGAGGGCGCGCUGGUGCCGGCCUUCGAGGCGCUGCUGCUGCUGACGGGGACUGCGGAGAACGCCAAGCAGGCGUGGCAGAGGGGCAACAAGUCCGCAGCCGAGGUUUCGGAGCUGCGCACCUACCUGGCCCGAGUGGACGAGGUGAUGGCUCGCUUCGAGUCGCGACUGUUCGACUCCCUGCUGUCGCUGCCUGGACUGGUGGAGUGUGCGCGGGAGCGACCGGCCCUGCUGGUGGACUGCGUGAGGGUGGUGGAGCUGCAGGAACUGGUGGAUUCGGAGUACCGGCGAGUGAAGAUGGGUGCGGUGCCGCAGCGGCGCUACAAGGAGCGGCUGUUUGCGGGUUUAACCGCGGGGGCGGAGGCGAGGUUCCAGGCGCUGCUGCAGCAGGCCAGGGACUGCAACAAACCCAACAAGACGAUCAAGUACGACCAAAACGGUGACGUCAUCCUGUCGGAGGUGCGGGACUACCUGGGGGGGCUGUCGCGGCUGGUGCGGGUGGUGGGCGGGCGGGAGGAGGUGGUGGCGGACCCGGAGGAGCUGCGGGGGGUGGAGGUGAUUGAGGAGGAGGUGUUCGACGAGGACUCCUACCUGGACGAGCUGCUCAACGGACUGUACGACGUAACGGACGAGCUGGCAGCCGUGUACGACUACGUGUCGCCCUGCUUCCCGCCCUCGUACGACAUAUUCAACCGCCUCUUCCAGGCCUACCACGUGCAGCUGGCGGCGGUGGUGGACGUGUUGGGGCACGGCGCUGCGGAGGAGAUGAGCACCCGGGGGGCGCUGCGAGUGAUGGACUGGGUGCAGAAAUACAUGGACACGCUUCGCAACCUGGGGGUGGAUGAGGACCUCAUCCGCCUGCCGCCCUCACCGCUAGCGGACCCGGACAGCCUGCCGGGCAUGGUGGUCCUGAUGGAGAGCUACGUGGGGCGCAUGGAGGGCACCGUCACCGCCUGGUACCGAAACAUACUGGCAGCGGACCUGCAGAGCGAGCCCAAGCAGGCCCCCGACGGCACGCUGUGCACGCUGGGUGCGGUGGACUUCUUCCGCAUCCUCAACCAGCAGAUCGCCAUCAUUGAGGCGCUGAACGACCACGGGGAGGUCAUGUUCCAGACCGCCCGCACGGCUCUGCGGGUGAUGCGCGGGUUCCAAGAGGCGGCAGCAGGGAAGGACGCGACAGGCAAGGAAGCUGCGGCGGCAGCAGCAGGCAAGGAGUCUGCGGGUGCGGGAUUAGAUAAAGUGAGCCGCGGAAACCCGGGAGCAGGAGGAGCGGCAUCAGGGGUGCUCCGGCCGUUAUCGUUGGAGAUGGCGAUUGCCUUCCUGAACAAUAACGUGACGUGCUACGACCAGAGCCUGGCGUUUGCAGAGGACGUGCAGCGGCAGCUCGAGCGGCGCUACCGCGAGCAGUUGGACGUGGAGGAGGUGUGUCGCGGCUUCCUGGAGGUGGCCAAGACAGCCGCACAGCGCGCUGUGGAGCUGCUGCUGAACGACCCCGGCAUGUCCACACAGAUAAAGGGGAUGUACGGCACCGCGAACACGGAGUACCUGAGCGGUCGUGUCACCGCCACGCUGCUGGCCACUCUGCGCGACUACUUCUCCGACCUGCGCUCCUGGGUGGCGCCGCCCUUCCUGAAGCGGGUGGCGGAGGCGGCGCUGGAGGAGCUGGUGAGGCGGGCGGUCAACAUGUUUGCAGUGGCGCCGCCGCAGGAAUCCUCCGAGUCGCUCCUAAAGCGCAUGUCGGCUGACGAGUCCGAGCUGGCUGGCUUCUUCGAGCCCUACCUCAAGGCCGACCGGUUGCGGCGCCACCUGGGGGCGCUGGCGGACAUGCGCGAGCUGCUGGCGGCGGGGAGUCCCGAGGAGUUCUCGCUGGCUUACUCGCAGCUCGCGGCGGCGCACCCCGCCUUCACGCUGGAGGUGGUGUCCAAGCUGCUCACGGGGGGAGCGAGGCCCGACCUCACCAAGAAACAGAUCGCGGACAUCACGGCCCAAUGCAAGGAGAUCUGGAAGCAGCGGGGGGACAAGGAGGAGGAGGGGGGCGGCUGGGGGUUCUUCGGUUGGGGCAAGAAGUAGCGCCGGCAGCAGCAGGACGGAGCAGCAGCGGGCGUAGCGGGGACUGAUCGUCUGGUGGUGACAGCGGCAGCAUCCGGAUUGGAAAGGUUCUGUGCACAAUCCAUCUAGGUAACCGGACGUAGCCGUUUGAAGGUACUGUUACCGUACACGGAGGAAAGAGGAUGGCUGCAGAAGGCAGCAGAGGGAGGUUACUUGACAGGUGAAGGAGCGGUAUAGGAGGUGGAGACAAGGUAAUGAGGACCUGAUGAGGUAGGGCUGUAUGGUGGUUGGGUGUUCGGGACUAGGAGCAGGUUGGAGGCAGCUCUCCGGGGCAAUGUGUGGCGGUGGUGACCCGUGGGUCUGUGUGGGGCUGAGCUGACCUGAAGCCCGAGCGAAUGCCGCGCGGUUAUGUAUAGCUGGUCUCGGUGGAAUGAACAGAAGGAACGAGAAGCAGCACGGGCAUUACAUUACAGGGGGGGAGUAGCCAGCAGGCUUAUCCUAGCGGCUUGUCUGGUCACCGAAACGUCCAUUUUAGUAGGUUGGGGUGCCUUUACAAGGUCACGUUUGAGCACUUAGACAGUUUCUCCCUCUUGCUUGCUUAUCGUACAAUCCAUUACAUGGCCGCAUACUGUGUCGUACAGUUGUGUACGACGUAUCCACGACACAUCCCGGGCGCCACCCUUCCUGAUGCACACAUGCAGUCCUUUUUAUCCUCAUGCAAACAUGUACACAUCACAUAUCUUCAACAUAAUAAUACUUGACACAUGCGUGGCUAAAUACACCUUUUGUUUUCUGUAAUACAUGUUAGUU